AUGAUCCUCCAAGCCCUCCUCAUCCUCCUCAGCGCCGAGCUCAUCCGAAAAGGGCUGAUCCGAUUCGAUAUCCACCGUCGCAGAGCCCGACGUCGUGCUCGUGCGGCAAACAUCACCAUCUAUCCUCUCGAAGAGAUCGAACAGGUCGAGGUUCACGUCGACGUCGACGUCGAUCAGUGGCGUUAG